UCGAAAGGAGCUGUGGUUUCGUGCCAGUACUUCCCCUUCCAGUGCCAAAGUUCGCGGGCCCUCGCUUUCCAGGGGGCCGCGGGCACUUGUUUUCCCGACCGCGUUGCCAUAGGGCUGACCGCAGCUUUUCCACCCGAACCGAAAUCGAAAACUUGGCGCUGGCGCUCUCGCCGAGGCGAUAAGCUCUCUCGCUUCUCUCGCGGCGACUGGCGACUGGCGACUCGGGUCGCCGAGAACAGCAGGAAAAUCCAUUUUCCAUUUUCCCACAUACGGACACUGGCUCAAAGUAUCGUGUGCGGCGGACGUCCUUGUCGUGCGUGCGUCGUUUGCUCGCGCUGACGGUGUUUUUUGGGUUCAGGGAGCACAGGCACAUCGCAUCGAGCAACAUGGAAAUAUAGCCACUGGCGAGGCGCAACGGAACCACAGGAGCCCCAGCUAACUAACUGUUCAUUUUCGCAAUCGCAUUCGAAUCGAUUCAGAGUGUUGUUGUGUGCUGGUGCAUUCGAAAGUCGAAAAGAUGUGAUGCCUUUUUUUUUAGUGAGAUUUUUUCCUAUUUUCCCCCAUCAAUUUCGGUGAGAGUGCUGUGCAGCGAAAGGGAAUACGCAAAAACGAUUUUUUUUAGAAAAUCGCGAGAGUCCCCGAAGGAGAAGGCCACACAUAGAAAGGAAAAGGAAAAGCGAAAACCAAGGAAAGGCAGCGCAAUAAGGUUUUCACCUGCACACACCACCUUUAAAGACCUUACGCUGAAAACUCGCCACUUGGAGGCCACAAAAGCGUGCUAUUUAUGGAUAGAAGAAAUAAAAGGAGUCCCAAUCAAUUUAAGCAUCAAUUCAACAUCUUGCGGUCGGUGCUAAAGGAAGCUGGGCGAGAAGAGGGCACUCCAGAAGGUCUUCAGCGGCGAAACAGGGGGCGUCACAUUUAACGGAAGGAAAAGGGAAGCCAACCCGACCGAAUCAUGAAACAUUCAAAUAUCUCCAUACACAAGGACAUGAUGGAAUUCGGAUAACUGCAACCGAGAACCACGUAAACAAAUCAAAUUAGGACAUUUUCACCGAGUACUUCAUUUAGCGGUUAUAAGCCUCGUUAAUGAUCAUGAAUGGAAGAGAUAUUUAUAGAGUUCGUAAAUGAAAGCAUACUUCCGAACAAAGCAACUCUGAUAUAUACCACCCAAACCAAACUGUUCUCAGCGAAUCAGUAAGGACCAAGAGGAGGAGGAGGAGGAGGAGGACGACGACGAGGAAAAGGCCGACGGGCCAGAGAGGGCAGCAAAACAGCCGCCACUUUAGCGGGCACAGCGGUCAUGGAACCACCCGGCGGAGUGCCGCCGGAUAGGGAUAGGCAGCUGGUGCUCCGGAAUCAGUCAGCUGCCCUGGUGCCCGUGAUCGUUUCUGCACCACCCUCUGGACCGGGAGCAACCACGCCCAACCCGCAACCACCGGCACAGUCACAGGCGUCGCCGCUGCCCAGCAAGCCAACCAGUCUGAGUCUUCAGCCGCAUGCCGUGCUCCAGGCCAUGCAACAGUUGUCCCCAUCGGCCGGAGGCAACAACAAUGCCACCAGCGCAGUUGCCACGGCCACGAGCAGCAGCAGCGGGAACGCCAAUAGCGGCAGCAGUCCCGCCCUGGCCUCCACCGCAACGGCCAUAUCGGCGACAACCCAGGCAGCCACUGCCUUUAGCGGCAGCUCGGUGGGUCACCACCACCCGCAGCACCAUCACCAGCAUCCGCAUGCCCCACAGCAGCAGCAGCAGCAACCGCAUCCGACCAAUGCACCGAGUACAGCGCCACAAGCCCACCACCACGGCUCCAUAUCCAUCACUGGGUCGAGCGGUGGACUCAUUGGUUCCAGUGGCGGCAGUGGUAACCAGCAGCAGGCCAUCGAGAAGCUAUCGCGACCCAUGGCCUUCGAUAAGAUGGAAAUGCUGGUGCGUGAGAUGCAGGACCAGGAACACGGUGUGCCCGUGCGGCAGCAGAAAAUGUUCCUCACAUCCAUACCAUAUGCGUUUAUGGGAUACGAUCUGAUUGAAUGGCUGAUGGACCGCCUGCAAAUCGAGGAGUCGGAGGCCCUGAACAUCGCUAAUCAACUGUGUCUGCACGGCUACUUCUUUCCGGUCAACGACUCAAAGACGCUGACCGUGAAGGACGAUUCCUCGCUGUAUCGGUUCCAGACACCCUACUAUUGGCCCUGGCAGCACAAGGCGCCGGAUAAUGUGGAGUAUGCCAUAUAUUUGGCCAAACGAUCGCUGCGCAACAAGCAGCGGCACGCACUGGAGGACUACGAGGCCGAGGCACUGGCCUCGCUGCACAAGAACCUGAAGGGCAAGUGGGACUUCAUCUCGAUGCAGGCCGAGGAGCAGGUGCGCCUGGCGAAGGAGCGCAAGAAGGGUGACAAGAUCGUGGGAGACUCGCAGGAACGAGCUUACUGGAGAGUUCACCGUCCACCACCUGGCCAGUUCACUCCCUUGGAGCCCUGUCCAGUGCCUUCGCGCGAUCGUCAGGGCCUCAAGCCCAAUAAAAAAAAGACUGUCGAUGACAUGCAGCGCGACGUUGACUACUUGGGCAAGUCGCUCAAUCGGACGCGGAUGAAGAUGUCGCAGGCCUGCGAGUCGCUCGUCUGCUACUCGGAGACCUUCUCCGAAUACGAUUUCUUUCUGCAGCCGGCACUGCCCUCCAAUCCGUGGGUGACCGAGGAUAUUGCCUUUUGGCAGCUGAACAACACCUUUGUGGACAUUCCCACAGAGAAGCGGGUCAAGCGCUGGGCCAUUUCCAUCGAGGAGCUCGUCUCCGAUCCCACAGGCCUGCAGGAGUUCACCGGCUUCCUGGAGAAGGAGUACUCGCACGAAAACAUCCGCUUCUGGAUAGCGGUCAAUCGAUUGCGCCGCUCCGCUCACUCCCAGGUGGCACGAAAGGUCAACGAAAUUUACGAAGAGUUUUUAAAGCCUGGAGCACCGUGCGAGAUAAACAUUGACGGCAAGACCAUGGAGAGCGUGCUCCGGGGCCUGAAAAACCCAUCGCGGUUCACCUUCGACUCGGCCUCGGAGCACAUUUACAUGCUGCUGCUGAAGAAGGACUGCUACCCACGAUUUAUUCGAUCCGAGCACUACAAACGCCUGCUGGACACCGGCAUUCAGCCGUCGUACAAGAAGCGGUUUUUUAACUUUGGCGGCGUUAGCGGAGCCAAGAAGAAAAUGACAGCCGCCCUGAGCAGCCAGCCAAACCUGGGGGAUGCGGCCAAAGGAUCUGGUGGCACUGGCGGCGGCAGCUGCUCCAUGAUGCAGGCACCACCGCCCGGUAACCUGGCCAGGCGCCGUGGCAGCGAUCGCAGUCUCACGGGUUCCGCCCACGAACUGGCCGUGAUCGGGGUGAACAAGGAUUCGGGUUCCAAGGUACCGCACUCUCAUUCCCAGAGUAAUCUCAGCGAAAUUCCCUUCAGUAGCGAUUCAAUUUAUCGAGGCGAUAUGCCACAGCGCCACAUGGCGGUCAUGGAUAUUGGGAUCUAUGCGGCCUACGGGAAUCGCGAAAGUAGUUUGCAGGCACUUCCAGAAACGCCAAAGACGAAGACCACCGCCCUUGAGACAACGGAGUCCACGUCGUCGUCCACAGCUCUGGUUGUGGCGGCCAGCAGUGCCGUCUGUCCUUGGGACGAACCAGCCGAACCAGUCCCGCCGCCGCCAGCGCAGUUAAAGCUAUCCGUGUGUCCCUGGGAACAGGAUAGUGCCACAGAGCCGCCGGCUCCCACUCCGGCCACAGGAGGAGGAGGACCGUCGAAGAUCUCAAGUUCCAACGGGCAGCCACUGCGGUUGAACAGCACUUCCUCGGACAACAGCGAUGUGAAUGACCGAAUGCAGCGUAAUUUGGGCAUUCGCCAUCAGAACACCGUGGACAGUGGUGAGGCAGGCAUCAAGCGUCUGGUUCCCAACUUUCCAGAACAGCGUCGGGCUUCAGUCUCAUUUACUCCAAGCCGUACUCCGGAUUUCCAGCUGGGACGGGCUCCAACGACGACAUCGUCACCCACUGUGGUGACCAGUAGCUCCACCCCGCUGCAGGCACGUAGUGCUGUCUACGGUAGUGGCGCCAUCGCAAAGGAUCCACCAUCUGGCUCUGAUGUCGAUGCGGAACUGGAGGAGGAACUCAACCAGUUGUCCCUUGGCGACUCCUCGACAUCGGAGUUGCCACUCCUUAUAGUACCCACCCCCACGCAGACCCCGCCGCCCAUGACAAAGAUUACGCCGGCGCCGGGAGAAUGCGAGGUUCAGGUGGCGGCCAGUUCCACAGGGACCGCGGAAAUCUCCUGCUCAACCCAAACCAAGCCAGUAAAGGAGGCCUCGGUUACAGUGACCACAGUCAAAGAAGUCCAGAUUGAACUGAUCGAGGAGGGCAGUAGUGUCCACACAGAACCAGGAAGUCCGCCCACCAUUAAAGUCCUGGAGCUAGAAGCAACUACACCCCUAUCUUCUGAGCCCGGAGCAGCAGAUCCAGGCGGGUGUCCAGCACAGAUAAACACCACCACCACCGAGGAGCAUCCAGAGUUUGCGGACGAAACGGAAAAGGCUGCCGAAAUAGAAGGACCGGUUUUGGACGAGCUUUCACCCACCACUGACGAGUACCAGGAGGGACUGCAGUUUGGCAGCGAUGCCAAGGACGCAGUCGACGACUUUGACAGCAUAGACGUGGGCUAUAUACCGCCUGCACCCACCCCGGCUCCCUCCAUGGCACCGCUGGCUGAGCUGGACGUGGACACGGUGGACGAUGAGCCGUUCGAGCCCCCGCCCCCUCCUCCUAGCAGCAGGGACACGGUGUUGGCCUCGGCCUCCGCCUCGGUAUCGGCUACGGCCACGCCCACAUCCAGCAACGAAGAAGCGCGCAAGCGGCGCAAGAAACGAAACUCGGAGGGCAAGAAACUUAGCUCGCAGGACGAAAAGGAUAAGGAGUCGCGCGAAAGGGCUGGCGGAAGCAGCAUCGACGCCGAUCACAAUGCGGUGUGUCCCUGGGAAGACGAGAACGUCAGCACGAACGACGGCACCUUCGUGAAGACGUAUGCCACACUGGGAUACUUAUGAAUAAAGCCAAAUCUGUUCAAGACGGUGGUCAACAAGUUGCUGAAAAGGAAGCCAUACAAGAAGUAAGGCCUGGGUAGCUAAGUUUAUUAUACGGAGUAUCUAUUAUAAUACGUACAUGCAAACAUAUUAUGUAAAUGUAAGUAUUUAAAUAAUUGAGUGUAUAUGUUAAUGUUAAAUGCUUCUCAUGUUCUUGAAACCACCAACGAGGCACAGUGGUUUAUUGCUGAAAAUUUCAAUAUAAAUUAACGGAAAACGGUCUAAGAAUGCAACAAAAAAUAUAUACUUUAUCUACAGACGUACAUACUUAUUUACAAAACGAGGUGGCUAAUGUGGCUCAUUAGAAUUACAAAAAAAAAAUAGUGACAGCAGAAAGAAUUUAAAUGAAAUGGAAAAAAUGUGCUAACAGUUGUAUUGACUCCUGUUAAUGUCGCCUCCGAUCAGUUGUAAAAUCGAAACAUAAACGGAGCUUAGAUUUGGCGGCAGAUAUACUGUAAUGUAUACAAUGUAUAUGAUCUUUCUGCGCAUUGGAAACAACUUUCCAAAGGUUAUUCAAAGCUAUAUAGCCCUCUUCAAAGUAUAAGCAGUAACGAUGAAAGUUAUAGCCACGUUCGAGAAUACUAGACCCAAAGUUAAAUAACAAAGUUAGUCUUAACGUAAAUCUUCGCAAAAUGCCUGCGAUAACAAUGACUUUAUGACGUGAAAAGUCAUAGUUAUUCCAGAAAAUUUGUGAAAAUGUACCCUGAAAGAAAAUGUAUUGAGAGUAGUUGGUAAAAGGUGAGUUAUUACUUGAAAUGCCCGCAUUAUUUUCAUGGUGCCUUGAGCUAGAAAUACCUGCGAUUAACGGUCAGUAAUGGGGACAAUACCUACCAAUACUAUUUGAAAUUGUGAUGUUGAUCCGUUUGAGCACGUAUUGCCCUUUGCCAACUGGAAAACCCAUGAUGAUUCAUUUGGUUAGUAGUACAAAUUGUUACCCCGGGUGUGGCAAGGCCUAUAUACUCCUAAAUGUCCAUCCAUGCCUCGGAUCACCCCACAAAAAAUGUUAAAAAAAUACCCUUUAAUAAAUAAAUGCACAAGAUGCUGCGCAAGUAGUUGCCAUUUAAUUUCAAAUGAGUUCAUUUGCAAUAUAUAGUUUUCGCUUCCAAAAUGAAAAACAGUUUCAUUUCACGCGUACAUGCCAGAACUCACGAGCCCCAACUUUAUGUGCAGUGAAAAUGAAACACAGUUCGAAAAUCGCCACUAUUUAGGGGAAAUUCUUAAAUUUACUGAUGUUGCAAAACUUUAAGUCGUCAAGCUUAGAUUUUCCGUAAUAAUAUCUGCUAAGUUGUUUCAAAAACUGAACUAACUUGCGCGAAUACCUUGUGCGUUUUUAAAUAUAUAUUGUCCUAUGACUACUUAGUAAUUUUCUCUAUUUGACUAGAAAUGUAUUGAGCUGCCCGCCCAAACAAUCGCAGAAAUCGAGCUAUGCUGUAUAACACUAACAACUUAAAGCCAACAUCGAUGGGAGUGAACCGUGAUGGCCCGCAUCUUUAAGAUCAAAUUACUGUUCCAUUUGAACACGUUAACCUUAUAAAAACAAAUGAUUAGAAAAUCAAAUUAAGAUGAAAUCCUGGUUGUUCGCGACUAAUACCUUUAUAUGAAUCGAAAAAAGAUAACUUAUCGAAGAACUAUUACAAUCUAAGUAUAUUUCUAUUUUCAUUGUGCAUAUGAAUUAGCUACUUACUGUCGAGCCCAUUUUGCUGGUAAACAAUCUUUAUAUGGGAUAUCUGAAUUCUCUUUGUGCUUUCUAUGCUAAAAACACAUUUUUCAACUACUUCAAUUAACAAGCAAAACCUAAACUGUAUAACUAUAUGUACCAAAUGUUGUACCAAAUGAAGAGAGUUACAUAAAUGCCGAAAACCUAAGCAAAUCAAAGAAAAUGUUGCAUAGAUAUUACGAGUCGAGGGGUACAUAUAGAGAAAUAGGAACAAUGUGCCGAGUGUAGGGCGUGCGUACAAAAUGUGUACAUGAAACCACCGUUAACUUUGCUUAAUGCGAGCCGAGCAAUUAAAGAGUUAAAAAAUAAAAUAAAGAAAUGAAAAAAGUAAAAGAUGAAAUCACCGGCAGCAAUAGUUCCAAAAUUGUUGUCAAAAUAUAAUAGCAGCUUUUAGAACAACACCAAAGAAGUUGUAGUAAAUGCGGAGGAAAAUUGUAUUGUUGUUGUUUUUUAUGUACAUUUACUUUUUUGUAUUAACGUUGUUGUAAGUCAAAUAUGCCAAAAAGAAUAGUUUAUUAAGAGUUUACAACAAAAUUUGAAGGCAAGAUAUGAAUUACUUUAACGCAAAUCGCAAGAAAAAGUUCCGAAUGUUUUUAGUAAUCAAUGGUGAAUAUCUUUUAAUUGCUUAUACUAAAUGUUCCCAUGCAUAUUGAUGGGAUCCUUGCCGCAACAUAAAUCUUAAAUAAAUAUAGCUAGCGCGGCUGUCGACUUUACUUAUCCCGGUACUCAAAAAACCGAAAAUACAAUAAGUUACUGAUCGGAUGAUAUAACAAAUCUUUAGGUAAUGAAAUAACAUGUUUUUAGGUGGUAUUCAAGUCUUAGCUGAUUUUAUAUGCGUUGGAACUUGACCAUUUUUUUCAAGAUUGCAACAUUUGAUACGUGCAAAUCAGAUUUCCUCACAUUUAUUUAUAACUCUGAAAAAGUGGUCGAAUUGUAGGCACAAUUUCGUAUUAUAAAAUUUCCACAAUCUUAAAGUACUUUCCAAAAAUUUAUUUUGUCUAAUUUAUAGAGUAAAAUCUUCGUGUUUUGAAAACAUGCACUAUUUUCUGGGACUUACUUCAGCAAAAUAUAAAAUCUUAUAAAUGUUAAAUAUAUGUUUUAAAAUGUUUAAAUAAUAUAUUUUUAGAAAUAUAUUCCUUAAUUUCAGAGAAUUAGUCCGAAAAGUAUAAUUGUUUUAUUUAUAGAGGAAUUUAAAUUUAAUGAUUAAUUUCUAGAAUUUAGAAGUUGGAAUCUUGAAGCCAAAAAUGGUGUCCUUUGUUUAGUUGUAUAAUAAUUGAUUUUUUGAGUAUCGGGUAAGCAUAAAAAGAAAAUACUAUUAAUGGUACUAUGGAUUGAUAAAGACGCUGCCGCGCCAUUUUGAUAAUAAUAAAAAUUCGAUAACUAAUGUAUGUUAAACAAAUUACAUAAGUAUAUACUACUUCAUGCGACAGGUGGGUAGCAUUGCCCUACAAAUAUUUACUUUAAUUUCUGGAUAAUUAGUGCUCAUAUCACUGAUUAGACAACAGGAAUGCGCAAAACAAUAUGCUUAAUACAUAAGAUUCCAGAGCUU